AUGGCUGAUCCAGCUGUGGAGAGUGUGCCUGACAGCCAUCACCAUCUGGCCAUAGCACCUUCAGUAGCCUCCAGUGAUGCCAAAGACUGUCGACCUGGACAUCCGGCGCAGAUUCACUAUGAGCAGCUGCUCAGCAUUCAGCAGGAUCAGCAUUCCCUUGCAAUGGAACGGAAGGAGGCUGAGAUCGCACAUUUGAAGGUCCGUCUCGCAACUCUGGAGGGACACAUUGGUCCGCAGGAUGCAGUAAAAGCUGCUGUGCAGACAAAGGAUGAGGAGUGCGCAUUGAUGAUGGCUGCGAAGCACAAGGAGCUUGAGCUGCUAGCUACACUUUUGCAGAUGCGAGAGCAGCAGAUAGAAGAGCUGCGCUCACAAUGCGAGGAGUCGCAGCUGCAGCUUACACAACUGCGGCUUUGGAGCGGAAGUGGCAGCUGCAGGGCAUCGCCUGGAAGCUCCACACCGCUUCCUGGCCAUCUGGGCCAUCCUUCAGGCCGGCUGGAUGCUGACAGCCAGAUGCGCAGAGAAGUGCAGCGGCUCCGACUGCGUAUGGAGGACUUGGAGGCAUCGGUCACUGAGCAGCAGGACAGAUGUGCCAUUCUGGCAGACGAGCUGCAUAUCAAGUCGGAGCGCGUUGAGGUACUGGAGAGUCAGAUACAGUCCCUCAAGUGGCAGGAUGGAAGCGCUUUCCAUCAAGGACAUCCAGAGGACACUUCCUUGGGUGGAGACAUUACAGGACCGAACCCACCGCGGCGGACUGCAGAACCUUGGGCGGUUCAUGACAGGCCAGCCAGAGCAGCCCUUCAGGUAGAGCGUUCUCAGGAGUCUUUCGUUCGGCAGCCCGGGUCGCCCAGUGGGCAAGAACCAUGUGGCCAUAGCCUGUCCCCGUACCCGUCUGAGGAAGAUUCCUACUCUUCUGCAAUUCAGCAUCGGGAUGGAGAGACGGAGCAUUUCGGUGUCGCAAGCACAGGCAGGCAGUCUCAGGAGCUGCUGCGAGAGAUGAGGCGCUUGAGGCAACAGAUGACUGAACUUGAGAAGCUUGCGGCGGGUCGUGAUCCAGGUUUUGCAGAGAUGUCGCCUUCCCUGACCUCCCAGCCCGAAGGAGUGGAGAGGCUUGGAGCGGCGAGCAGUCUGAGCAUGUCGAGUGGAUCGCGGCAGAGCGGCUUCAACGUCAAUGGCCAGGGCAUGAAGGCCCCCAACAUGACGGAACCAGGUGCUGCACUCACGCAAGGGGUAUUCCGCCCACGAGCAUUGUCUGAAGCCUUCGGAAAUGGACCUUCCAUUCCGCCGGCUGAGGAUGGACUGCUGUCAGCGUGGGAAUACAGACCACACGAAGGUGAUCCCGUUGACGCUGCCGUGGCCAGACUGGUCAACCGUGGGCGCUAUCGAGCUUGGAGGGCACUACUCUGCAGGCUGGAGUACGGGGUGUACCUCUGUGGAACGAAGCGGGUCCACGUUCGGGUGGACGAGGAGCAGCAGCUCCUGGAGGCGUCAAAAGAUGGUGGGCGAACAUGGGCUGAUCUGAGUCAGAUCUUGACCUAA